AUGCUGGAGAUGCUCGAGACCGCGGCUAUACUGCGGGCGAGUACACACGCACACUGUGCCACAGGGCACUUACAGUCUAGAGGCCGCGCCUGCGGGCCGUGCGCGCGCGCCUCGGCGCCGCGGACCGCGAGCAGCAAGGGACAGAGCACCUUCAUGCUGGAGAUGCUCGAGACCGCGGCUAUACUGCGGGCGAGUACACACGCACACUGUGCCACAGGGCACUUACAGUCUAGAGGCCGCGCCUGCGGGCCGUGCGCGCGCGCCUCGGCGCCGCGGACCGCGAGCAGCAAGGACAGAGCACCUUCAUGCUGGAGAUGCUCGAGACCGCGGCUAUACUGCGGGCGAGUACACACGCACACUGUGCCACAGGGCACUUACAGUCUAGAGGCCGCGCCUGCGGGCCGUGCGCGCGCGCCCCUCGGCGCCGCGGACCGCGAGCAGCAAGGACAGAGCACCUUCAUGCUGGAGAUGCUCGAGGACCGCGGCUAUACUGCGGGCGAGUACACACGCACACUGUGCCACAGGGCACUUACAGCUGCCACUCCUGACUCUCUGGUGUUAAUUGAUGAAUUAGGACGAGGAACGUCAACAUACGAAGGUUGUGGCAUAGCUUGGGCCAUUGCUGAGAAGUUAGCAACGGAGGCGAAAUGCUUUUGCCUUUUCGCAACGCACUAUCAUGAACUUACCCGCCUUCCCAGCCUACAUCCAGGGAUCAUAGUGAAUUCUCAUGCGGAGGCGUCAGUAGUUAAUGAUCAAUUGGUUCUUCUUCACAAAAUCGUCCCAGGACCCGCUACUCACUCUCUGGGACUUCACGUGGCCAAAUUGGCGGAUUUACCUGAAUCUAUUAUAAAGUAUGCUGAGGAGAAACAAGCUCAACUCGAAACAAAUCUAUUUGAAGUGGAAGCGUCUGUGGAAUCGCAAGAAACUAUAGAAGGCCAAAAAAUAAUAUUGGAUUUCUUACGUAAAUGCAAGCGGAUACAAGAAACGAUCGAUUCGGAUGAAAAUAUGAUAACUGAGAUAAAUAAAUUAAAACAAGAAUUACUGCAGCAGAACAGUAAAUACGUGCAGUCACUUACGUCGUGUUGA